CGCUUUCACCUAUCAAGAAGUCAACUCAAGCAACAAAGUGUAAUAGAGUUUAUUAUACAGCAGUUGAGUUGUGCCCAUUCUGUGUGAAUUUAAUACCAGCCCAAAAAGUUUGAUGGCACUGCAGCCCCGUGUGUAACACUCCUUUGGCUUCAGCGCAACAUAUAUUAUAAUGCUACAUUGCUGUAUAGCUGGUGGAUGUUCUAACAUUGGCAAAGAUGGAGUAAGCCUUCACAAAUGCCCUGAAGAUCCCCACUAUGCUAAGCUAUGGACAAAUGCCAUGAAGAACACUCGUUCUGAUGUUUUCAACCUGAUGACUGCCGACUUUGUAGCACUCACUUCACUAAGUAUUUCUUUGAAGAACAGACGGUGACAGCAAAAUCUCUGGGCUUAACCCAUUGACGCCUGUGCUGCCGAUAACCGCCCAUGCGGAAAACCCCUUCAUUUCCCUAUGCCGCCUGUAACCGCCCGAAUAAAAGCACGUGGGGUCUAGGUUCUCUUCCCACUCUCCCUUAGGGCAUAUUGUUAUUUUGUUGUCAUAGAGAUAAAUAGGGGUAAUUAGCCAAUCAUUUGCCGUCUUUUGGGCAUUUUUUGACAGCUGAUGAGGCGCCCCACAAGGUGGGGAUUUCUGAAAAAAUUUUCACACGUGCGAUCGAAUCUGUGUGAGACAAUGGCUGAGAAUGCUGAGAGAGAACCUGAUCUUGUGGCUGUAUUUGAUGACUCAGGGGAUGAAGGAAGCUUUGAUGGGUUUGAGGGUAGACGUAGAGAUCAUGAUAGUGAUAGUGCUGUAGAUCUUGUAGGUUUAGAGGACGAUGAUGGCGGCCCAGCACCUGGAGGUACCAAUGACGAGGAAGAAGAAGCUCGAUGGACUGACUAUCUCAGCGACUUCCCCAUCCUGGACUUCACAGCAGCAUCUGGCCUUAAUUUUAACUUACCUGAUAUUCCUAAUCCUUUCGAUUACUUUUUAGAGUUUGUAGGUGAUGAUUUAUGGAAUUUUAUUGUCGUAAAAACCAACCGCUAUGUUCACCAGAAACUUUCAAAUUCACCCGAGCGCUUCGCUAAUUUCAUUCCAGUUACAUGUGCGGAGAUCAAAGCAUUCAUAGGAAUAAACAUAAUUAUGGGUAUCAGUAGGCUCCCUCAGCUAUCAUUACAUUGGUCAUCUGAUGACUAUUUCGGAAAGCAGGGCAUUAAGAAGGUUAUGACUAAAAAUAGAUUUGAGGAAAUUACUUAUUUACAUUUCAAUGAUUCUAGUGUAGAGCCUGCUUGGGGAACACCAGGUUUUGAUCACCUUUACAAGAUUAGGCCAAUAUUUAACUAUUUUAGGUAACUGCCAAACUAAGUUUAAACCCACUAAGAAUCUUUCUGUAGAUGAGGGUAUGAUUGGUUUUAGGGAGAGGUUAUCCUUUAGACAAUACAUGCCUGCUAAACCUACUAAGUAUGGAAUUAAAGUUUGGAUGGCGGCCGAUUCUAAUAAUGGCUACGUUUUGAAUUUUGAUGUAUACUUAGGUAAGGAAGUUGACGGCUGUUGGCAUAUUUAUGGUUAGGUUAUGAUGUAGUGACUAAGUUAAUUAGACCUUUUAUGAAUAGGAACCAUCAUCUAUUUUUCGAUAACUUUUUCACAUCAACUAAGCUAUUAGAGCAUUUAGAAGCUAGUGAUACUUAUGCCUGCGGGACUUUAAGAUGUAAUCGUAAAGACUUGCCACCAUGUGUGAAAGAUAAAUUGCGGGUUGGGGAGAAGGUAGUUCAUCAGAAAGGCCACGUUUUCACGAAGUGGCAUGACAAACGGGAUGUUAGUGUUAUGGCAACUAAUGUAAGUCCUCUAGCCGAUGAUGUGGAAGUUAAUCGGGGUGAUAGGGAAGUCCCAAAACCAGUUGUUAUAGCUCUUUGUAAGGAAGUUUGCUUCACGGAUUAUCACAUGUUGUAAAUUAACUUUUCGCUUGCAGGCUAUCCUUCAGCUCCUGAGUCCUCAUCAGCCAAAUGGCGGUAUAUCCUGGAAGAAACUCGAAUAUACAAGAUUAGGACUUACAGUAAUGAUUAGUAUUAUUGGUUUUAGCUGUGUUUUUGUAUUUUGGGAAUUAUUUGCACAUUCGGGUUUGCUGUGUUGGGUUGUUUACAUUAGUUGGGCGGGCAAGAAAAUUAGGAUUUUACGAUUCUCGUUUUCAGGUUUUAUUUUUAGAGAUUAUUUGGCUUCUAUUUGGCUUCAUUUUAUUUGGUAUUUGGCUGCUAAUUUACCACAAGAAAAAUCCUAUAAAUCUUGUGAAUUUGGUUUGUUUUUGUCGUCGUUGCCGUUACACAGUUCACUUAUCUUUCGCUGUGUAAAUCACUUGCGGCGUUUAAUUGCCAUGCAACACACAAAUCAUUCAACGUUCUCUUUUCAAAGUGGU